UUCUUUAUUUAUUUUUAAUGGUAAAAUGCAAUCAGUAUAUAAAAACCGACGGUGGACCAACUUCUAUUCGAGAAGUCAAAUUUUUACGGGCAGCCUUUCAAACAAUGACCAAAUCGUUUAUAAAUACAUCAGAACAUCCAAUUACAAAAAGAAAUUUAAAAAAAAAAAAUGUUUCGUCUAACAAUAAUCCUGAUCCUUUUAAGCGUAUACACAGAACAAGCGAGUGGAGGGUCGUUCUUUCUGUAUAACCAGGUGCGCCACGGAGUCCUGAUGAAAGUCCAUUGCAAAUCAGGAGACAGCGAUAGGGGAUGGCACGUGAGGAAAUACGGAGGAUUUUACGGUUUUGAUUUUAAAGAUCAUAUACUUGAUAAAACACUUUAUUGGUGCAACGUCUGGUCAGGUCCUAAUUUCAGUCGCAAUGCGUCUUUCGUCGCGUACGAAAGUAAGCUGUAUAAACACAGAAACAAUUGGAUAAGAUGGUCUAUAAGGGGAGAUGGUAUUUAUGAAUCUAUCAAUGGUGCAACGCCUUGGAAAUUCAAGUAUCAUUGGUAUGGUACACCUUUAUAAUAAGGGACGUCUCAUCAUGAUCUCUUUUUAUGUUCAUAUAUACUAGUAUAUACUAUGUGUGUGUGUUUUGUAUCUUUCUCAACUAAUUUGUGUAUUAAUGUGAUAUUGGUAUUAUGAUUCAUUCGACGGAAUAUGUAAGAACUUGAUAAUGUAUAUACUCUUAGAGGUUUGAUUCACCUGUCAACUAUUUUUUAAUAAAUAUUUUGAUCAGUUUUUUUUUUUUGAUAUUUCUUUCAGUAAAUCAUAUUCAUAUGUUUUGAGAUUCGUUCAUCUGAAAUAAAUAAACUAUAUAGCAUAAACCAGAAUCAUUCAAACGCAAAUGUUAAAUUGGUCAAAUGAACAACAUUUGCAGUAUUUACAUCUAAACUCAAUAUCACAUUAGUGUUUUAUUAUUGUGUCUUCUAGGUUAUACCCUAGAGACUUGUAGUCUUCUUAUGAUUUUUUAGGUUUAUGUUGCUUUUACAUAUGGUCUUCUCGCUAGCAAAGGAACCUAGAACUAAAUGCAUAGUUUUCCUCCACGUAAACUAAAUAGUCGGUUAGAAUUGUUCUUUAGAAUAAAUUUUCUAUCGACCAAAAUUUGAUUUGAUUAUGUAGAUAGUUGAUAAAAAAAUUUUUUUGUAAAAAGUGUAUUGAACUCUAUCUUCUAUAUAGGGGUAAGCCUCUCAGAUAUGCCACCACGUAUGCAAAAUUAAUUCUCCAAGAUCAUCCAAUAAAACUGAGCCAUGUCAUACAAAAUUUAGCUAACUUUCCCUAUAUGCGACAUAUCAACAGAUAAAAGGUUUAUCUGAUAUAUGUUGCCUGUUACAUUCAUGUACGUUACCUUGACGAGCAUUUAAAAGCUGAUAGCUGUCUUCUCUUCUUUGCUACAAUAACCGAAAAACAAUUAAAACAGAAGAUAACUUUCUUAAAACAGAGAGAUUUUUACGCGUAGCCUUUUAAAACAAUGAUCAAAACGUGUAUAAAUACUUCAGAACAUCCAUUACUAAAAGAAACAACAACAAUAAUAAAUAACAAUGUUUCGUCUUACAGUAGUAAUCCUUAUCCUUUUAAGUGUGUGCACCGAACAAGCGAUAGGAGGGUCGUUCUUUAUCUAUAACCAGGUGCGCCAUGGAUCCCUAAUGAAAGUCCAUUGCAAAUCCAAAGACAACGAUAUGGGGUGGCACGUGAGGAAAUACGGAGGAGUGUACGGUUUUGAUUUUAACGAUAAUUUAUUUGGUACAACACUAUUUUGGUGUAACAUAUGGCAAGGUCCUCAUCUGGAGCAUUUUCAGGUGAUAGUCGCGUUCGAAAGUAGGCAGUAUCCACAUGACUUAAACGCUUGGAUAAGAUGGUCUGUGAGGGGAGAUGGUAUUUAUCAAUCUAUCAAUGGUGCAACUUGGAAAUUCAAGUAUCAUUGGGAUAACAAACUUUAAGAAAUAGGGGGGGGGGGGGGGGUUCAUGAUCUGCUAUUAUUUUCAUAUAUACUUUGAAAUUCAAGUAUAUAUAACUGGGGUGAAAAACUUUACAACAUUGGAAUUUGUUGUUGUUGGUAUCUUAUGAUUCAUAUUAAUAUGUAAACAUUAAACCAUGUCCGGUUUGAGUGGAUUAUUAAAAAAAAUUGAUAAAUGCAUAGUUUGAUUCACGUGUCAAUUGUUAUGUCACAAAUAGUAAACUUAAAUCUAUCUAUUAAUAAGUUAUUUUCAUCUUUUCUUGUUAUUCUUUUCAGUAAACUAUAUAUAUAUAUAUUGAGAUAAAUUCAUCUGAAAAAAAAAUAUAUAUAACAUAUACAGUUUUGUCGCACAAAGUCAUUUCUAUCCCGGCGCAAAUGCUAAAUUAGUCAAAUGAACAUUUGCAGCAUUUUCAUCACCAUAACAUCACCUUAGUAUUCAUUAUUGCAGCCGCAUUAUUUAAUUUUAUUAACAUUUUUCUCUUCACAUUCACAUUCAGAUAUAAAACUUCUAUAUCAUAGGCACUUGUGGAAAAACAUUUAUGGGAUGAUUCUAUAAUUAAUCGAGUGAUUCUAAUACCAAAUUUGAGUUUAUAAUUUGUUAAGAAGAAUUACUUCAUUUUUUUAAUUUAAAUUUAAACUAUAAAACGUGUAAGGAUGAAAGGGGACACGAGAUCAAGAGGAAGACACCACUCACUCAGUAACUACUAAAAGCUUUCUUCUAAACGAAUCUUACAAGUGAUAUGUUCUCCUUAACUCUUCCAUUAUAUAUCCUCUCUCUAUGUCUCAUAGAAUUCAACCAAUGAGCAAAUAAAUAACAAUUUUUUUAAUACUACAUAGUUUUAGAAAUAAUGUGUAAAAAUACCUAGGUAGUAUACUGCUUAGAAUAAUAUAUCGUGUUAGGCGUUGUGAUUUCUUUUAAAAUUGAUGAUACAAAUGAAAAAUGGGAAUUGAUUUACUUGCUCAAUUCGUUUACUUAUGUUUUUUUUUUUACUUAUGUUUUCAUACUUACUAAGUAUAUAAUACUGAAAGUAUGUAUGAAGGUCUACUGUAUUGUAUUAUAUGGUUACAUGCAGUCCAUGUUAUCCAGUCGACUCUUCCCUAAUCAUUGGGAAUAAGCAAUAAUUAGUCACUAGCAUUUCUAUGCUAAUUAUUAGCUACAUCCAACAUAAUGGAGACAUUGGAGAGUAGACUUUAUAUAAAAUAUAAAUACAGCAAUACGUAAUCGCCUUACUUCACAGAUUUAUUUCAUGUAAAAACUUUAACAUCACCUUAAUUUAUACACAUGUCAUGAGAUAUAUAUGAAAGUUUUUUUUUGCAAACCGAGUAUCUUGACUCACCGAGGUGGUCUAAACUAGAGACCGAAGUGAGCAUGGACACUGCCAGGGCGUCACCAUGUGGUUCACUGUGUAACGGUCUUUGGUUUCGGAUGCUGCAGCCCAUAUGUAAAUUUUGUAAUGGUCAAGGCUCGAACCCAGGGGUGGGCACUCCAGCUGGAGCUCCUAUGCUACUAUACCAAAGUAACUUGGUUAGAUAUAUAUGAUAGUUAUUACCCACUCUUUAGUUUUUGCAAUGUUAUAGUUCAAAUCGGAAUUCUCGUAUUAAUUAAUUAAUAUAUAUAUAUAACUGUUAUUGGUUGAUGAUCUGAAAAGCCUCGGAGGUAUGAUGAGCUGCAUUUGUUGAUUUCUUGUCGCUUAGUAUAAUAUUCUUACGUGAAGUGGCUGCUCUUCACAUCAUGCAGCCAUGAACAUAUGAGCAUACUUCAAAUAUAAUACUAUACACAUGCAAACAUGUACAAUUUUGGGAAGGGACUAAGCAAUCCUGGCCUCCGAAAUUAGUCGGAUCUAUACGCCUCUGAUGACCCGGAUCAUCGAAAAGAACAUCUACCAUCUUAGUUCUUAAAACAAAGUAUUAUCACAAUUCACAAAUUAGACAUUUUUAUCUGGAGCUCAAACAAGCCAUUAAGUUACGAAUUUUGGGACAAAAUAUAUCAGUGGUUAAUAAUUAACGCGAUGAUUCUGAAAGAUAUAAAUUUAUAACCAAUCGACUAUCACAUUACUGCGGUUCUUACGUAAAUUCAUAAUAGUGACGAAUAAUUAUUUAAUCUACCGCAUUCAUAUAUAUAUACACACACACGUCGUUGAUGUUUCCCUUGGUCUCAUGACUUUACACAUUUUGGAAUUAGUUUAACUAAGAAACUUGGUCAUUGAUAUUUGGUUAAUACUUCCCCAAUCAUUGUCUCAACUCUCAAAUCUGGUUUGAUAAGUCGUCGUACUCUUACAACAUAUUGGUUGGAUUUUUAUUUUUUUGGUCUUUGGUGUAUGUCAUAAGAAAUUAAUAAGAGUGUAUUUGUUCGCUAAACCAACAUGUACAUACGAGGAGAUGCGUACGUAUACGUAUUAGAUAUAUAUAUAUAUAUAUAUAUACACAUAUAUAUAUGCCAAAUAAAAUAAAUAAAUAAAAAAA